CAAUUUUCAUUAGUUUCUUAUUUUGUUGCAAGCCGCGUUGUUAUAUCUCUUUAUAUUUUGUUUAGAAAGGAUUAAUUUCGAACAAACAGGAAAGCAUAUGCCUAACCUGUAAUGAGUGACGUAUUGAAAAGCUCCCAGGAGCGUUCACGCAAACGUAAACAGCUGUUGGCACAGACCUUGGGUCUGUCUAGUGUCGAUGAACUUAAGAUUGCAUUGGGAAACAAUGAUUUAAGCAAUGGAUCCAACCUCAGCUCUACCAGUUUUGGAGCUAAUGCCAGUGUUGUACACAACAAUCAAAGGUCGCAGGAGGCCGAUGAUGUUACAGUAUCGAAGAAGACACCAGGAGAAAUUAUAUAUAGAGAUUCUUCAACUUUUUUGAAGGGAACACAGUCAUCGAAUCCUCACAAUGACUACUGCCAGCACUUUGUCGAUACAGGUCAAAGACCCCAGAAUUUUAUACGAGAUGUUGGUUUAGCUGACCGAUUUGAGGAGUAUCCCAAGCUAAGAGAGCUAAUUCGUCUAAAGGACAAGUUAAUACAGGACACAGCUUCCGCACCGAUGUAUUUAAAGGCCGACUUAAAAAGUCUUGAUUUAAAGACGCUUGGAACUAAAUUUGAUGUCAUACUCAUUGAACCGCCACUUGAAGAAUACGCACGGGCAGCUCCUUCAGUGGCCACAGUAGGUGGUGCGCCCAGAGUAUUUUGGAAUUGGGAUGAAAUUCUGAAUCUUGAUGUGGGAGAAAUUGCGGCCCAUCGUUCAUUUGUCUUUCUGUGGUGUGGCUCAUCAGAAGGUUUAGACAUGGGUCGUAAUUGUUUAAAGAAAUGGGGAUUCAGACGUUGUGAAGAUAUCUGCUGGAUACGUACUAACAUAAACAAGCCUGGCCAUUCAAAGCAAUUGGAGCCUAAAGCCGUAUUUCAACGUACAAAAGAACAUUGCCUAAUGGGUAUUAAAGGUACGGUAAGACGAUCCACCGAUGGCGAUUUCAUACAUGCCAAUGUAGAUAUUGAUCUUAUAAUCUCGGAAGAAGAUGAGUUUGGCUCCUUUGAAAAACCCAUUGAGAUUUUCCAUAUUAUUGAGCAUUUUUGUCUCGGCCGUCGUCGAUUACAUUUGUUUGGUAGAGACUCAAGCAUACGUCCCGGUUGGCUUACCGUGGGACCAGAAUUGACAAAUUCUAAUUUUAACGCCGAACUCUAUCAAACUUAUUUCGCUGAAGCUCCUGCUACUGGUUGUACUACUCGCAUUGAGUCAUUACGGCCUAAAAGCCCCCCAGCAAACAGCAAAAUUAUACGUGGCAGAGGAGGCCGUGGUUUUUCACGUGGACGCGGAAGGGGAAGAUAGAUACAGACAUCAAGUUUGAAUAUUUGGAUUGACUUUAACUUAAGAUUUUUAUAUCGUAUUGUCUUUAAAGUUAUUAUGAUAGAUAUUUCUGUAUACAAGUUAUCAAUCACCUAUUCUUUUCUCAUUUCAUCAAUAUAAUAAUUGGCGGUGUUCCGGGUUUCAGUUUCACUUUUCCUUUAAAAACAUCUGGUUUUUUUGAACAAAUUUUAUGAUAUACAUUUGUGGAAUUCAAGUGAAAAUAACAAAAAUGUUUCAGGAAGUGAAAGGCAAAUUGAAUCUUGGAACACUACCGAAUGUAAAAUA